GACAGGACGAGUUUUCAAAGGCUUUUUUUUUUACAAAUUUGAACCGAAAUGGAAAUGGAUUUUGUAAAGUGGCUCUAAGGCGGAGCUGUUUUUGUUCACCGUGUUUGCGAGGGCCAUGCCGGGGUUGUGUAAGGCCAGCGCGUGCUGCUUUGCGCCGCUGUUGUUUGGGUUUGAAAAUGGGGAAGGAACGGGAGAUGAUUUAAGUUCUGCCAAAUUAAGUCAUGAGGAUCAUCUGGAUAAACUGCACAUCGAGGACCAGCCCGAGAGCCCCAGCACGGGUGAGAAAAGCGUCAAAGAGGGAAUCCUGCUCAAACAGACCAGCUCCUUUCAGAGAUGGAAGCGGAGAUACUUCAAACUGAGAGGACGGACGCUUUACUACGCCAAAGACUGCAAGUCUCUGAUUUUCGAUGAGGUGGACCUGUCUGACGCCAGUGUGGCCGAAACCAGCACCAAGAACAUCAACAACAGCUUCACGGUGAUCACUCCCUUCCGAAAGCUGAUGCUGUGUGCGGAGAGCAGGAAGGAGAUGGAGGACUGGAUCAGCGCGCUCAAGUCUGUGCAGAAGUGGGAGACGUACGAGGCCAGUCAGUUUAACAUGGAGCACUUCAGUGGGAUGCAUAACUGGUACGCCUGCUCGCACGCCCGCCCCACCUUCUGUAACGUGUGUAGAGAGGCGCUGCCCGGGGUCACCUCCCACGGACUCUCCUGUGAAGUGUGCAAGUUCAAAGCUCAUAAACGCUGUGCCGUUCGCUCCACAAACAACUGCAAAUGGACCACGCUGGCCUCCAUAGGAAAUGACAUCAUCGAGGACGAGGACGGGGUGUCGAUGCCUCACCAGUGGUUGGAGGGGAACCUUCCGGUCAGUGCCAGAUGUUCAGUGUGUGAUCGUAACUGUGGCAGCGUGCGGAGGCUGCAGGACUGGCGCUGCCUCUGGUGUAAAGCCAUCGUCCAUAACAGCUGUAAGGAGCAGCUGGGGAAGGUGUGUCCUCUGGGUCAGUGCAGAGUGUCCAUCAUCCCCCCCACGGCUCUGAACAGCAUCGACUCGGACGGUUUUUGGAACGCGGCGUCUGCGUCCUGCUCCAGCCCGCUCCUGGUCCUGGUGAACUCCAAAAGCGGAGAUAAUCAGGGAGUCAAGUUCCUCCGGAAGUUUAAACAGCUCCUGAAUCCGGCACAAGUGUUCGACCUCAUGAACGGCGGGCCAGAGCUCGGUCUUCGUCUUUUCCAAAGGUUUGUGACAUUCCGGAUCCUGGUGUGUGGAGGAGACGGGAGCGUGGGCUGGGUCCUGUCGGAACUUGACAAGCUCAAUCUCCACAAACAGUGCCAGUUGGGCGUGCUGCCUCUGGGCACGGGGAACGACUUGGCCCGGGUGCUCGGUUGGGGAGGACUCUGUGACGACGACGCUCAGCUGCUGCAGAUCCUCGAGAAGCUGGAGAGGGCCACAACCAAGAUGCUCGACAGGUGGAGCGUUAUGACGUAUGAAGUUCCAUCCACCACCAAACUCCCGCCCAUCGUGAAGGAAGAAGACAUCCUCGACUCCCCUCUGCAGGUUCACAUCACUCAGUACGCAGACUCUGUGGCCUCACACCUCGCCAAGAUCCUGGACUCAGACAAACACAGUGAUGUCAUUUCCUCUGCCAAAUUUCUGUGUGGAACGGUAAAUGAGUUUGUGGCGGAGGUGGGAAAAGCGUACGAGAGGGCCACGGAGAACAGAGAGGAGGCCGACGCCAUGGCCAAGAAGUGCGCUCUGCUGAAUGAGAAGCUGGACUCUCUGGUCAAAGCUCUGAGCGAAGAGGCCGAAGCGCAGGUGGUCCCAGCUGGUUCAGGUCCGGGGGAGGAUGGAGGAGGGUCCGGACCUGGAGAGGGAGAAGGAGACCCGGGAUCAGACGGAAAAACAUACAGGUCCAAAGAACAACUGAUGCUCCGAGCCAACAGCCUGAAGAAAGCACUGAGACAGAUCAUCGAGCAGGCCGAGAAAGUGGUGGAUGAACAGAACCGACACACCCAGGUCCAGAGGAUGUCGUCGUCCUCCUCGUUCAAAAGAGAAAACAGUGAAGAGCUCAAAGAUGCAGAGCCACGUCAAGGAAAUCUGAGCCCCACCUCCCCCAUUCUCCUGGAGAAACCCGAGAGUCUGCACACGGCCAUGUACAACGACCUCCCCGUACACUGUUCAGAAAAGUGUGUCAUGAAUAACUACUUUGGCAUCGGCCUCGACGCAAAAAUUUCCCUCGAGUUCAACAACAAGAGAGACGAGCAUCCCAAGAAAUGCAGUAGUCGCACUAAAAACAUGAUGUGGUACGGCGUCCUGGGAACCAAAGAACUGGUCCAGAAAACUUACAAAAACCUGGAGCAGAGAGUUCAGCUGGAGUGUGACGGCGUGCCCAUGUCUCUCCCCAGUCUGCAGGGUCUGGCUGUCCUCAACAUCCCCAGUUAUGCAGGAGGCAUCAACUUCUGGGGCGGAACCAAAGAAGACAACAACUUCGGCGCCCCCUCGUUCGACGAUAAGAAGCUUGAGGUAGUGGCUGUUUUUGGGAGUAUGCAGAUGGCUGUGUCCAGAGUCAUAAACCUGCAGCAUCACAGAAUCGCACAGUGUCGUCAGGUGAAGAUCUCCAUCCUGGGGGAGGAGGGCGUCCCGGUGCAGGUGGACGGAGAGGCCUGGAUCCAGCCUCCAGGAGUCCUCAAAAUCGUGCACAAAAACAGGGCUCAGAUGCUCACGAGAGACAGGGCGUUUGAGAGCACCCUGAAAUCGUGGGAGGAUAAGAUGAAGGUGGACCCGUACCGAGCGAUCCGGCCUCGUCUGAACUCGCAGCAGUCGAUGGAGUACCUGACGGAGGAGGAGUGCGCGCAGGUGCAGCAGCUGGGGCUGGUGGCCGAGACGCUCAUCAACAAGAUCCGGGAAACGGCAAAGAGCCACAAACUGGUAGAACAGGAGCUCGCCCACGCCGUCAACGCCACAGCGCUAGUGCUAACGGAGGCUAAACUGUCCAGUCCUGAGUGUCUGAGUCGAAGCACAGCCGUGGAGAUCGUCAACAGCAGCAAAGUUCUUCAAGCCGAGACCAAGAUGCUCCUGGAGGGAAAAAUACUGUCUGAGUGUGCAGAGGAGGAGGAGCUGAGGACGACCCUGAACUCUCUUAGUGCAGAGCUCCACAAACUGGACGACAUUCACUGGAUCUGUCCUCUCAUGCAGUGCAACGAGGAGGACUCUGUGCGCAGCAGUAAGAGCAGCAGCAGCAUGAAGCUCAAGAUCAUCCCCAAAGUGAAGAAGGAGAGAGAGAAACUGCACAAGCAAAAGUCCAACAGCUCCCUGUCAGGAACUCUGGAGGUCAAAUCUAGCGAGGAUUUCUCAGGCAACUGAAGAGGCGGCGGCGCUCGGAUCUGCUUUUAACCAGAACCAGUGGCUUUGUGGAUCGCCCCCUGCUGUCCUCCUGCUGUCACUGCUCGCAAAACGCCAUCGGACCUUUUGAGUAACACACUGGAAGUUCAACCCUUCCACUUCUUUUAGUCCUCAGCGUUCAAAUCUCACAUUUUAAAAGUGCUUUCCGUUGCUGUAACUCAACCGGAUUUGAGAGAGCAAAUCUCCAAAACGAUGAACAAGAAGACGCAAGUUUACCCGGCGAUAUCUUUGCAUGUGGAUUCCGCCAUUUUGUUUUGACUUUUACAGUGGUUUUUCGUCUUUUAAUUUCUGGAUUUUAGCCUUAUUUAUUUGCUGUUGCUACUGCCAUGAAAACUUUUACCUAACAGCAGCAAUACACGAACAAAAAAACCAUCUCACGAACUUUAACCUAAGUGUUGCAAAAAAUAUAACCUACCAACGAAUGUAACUUGUAAUUUAUGUGAAUACUCAUAAUAUUGUGAUUUUAAAAAGGUCGUAACGUUAACGUGCUAAACUAAAAGUGGUUCUUAAUAGACUGUGGUGUGAAAUGUACGCUGCGAAAAUCUGUAAUUUCAUGUUGACGUGAAAACAAAAAGUGGUUUAUUAUUGUCAUAUUAGUAAACGGGUUAUACUUGAAAACAUCGGCGGAUUUAAAGGGCCAGUACCUGAUUUUUUUCCCUUGGACUUGAGCUAAAUUUGUGUUGCCUCAUUACAGAGUGGGAGUGGGUUGAUACGGAUUUUUUAUUAACCGAUACAAUAUCUGAUAUAUGACCUGCUUUUCUGACCGAUAAUCGAUAUUUGCCGAUACCGAAACCCCCCAAAAAUGUGUCUUAACUUGUAGUAAAAAUCACAAACUCAACAUUUCACAAAAAUAAUACAACAUACAGCCAUAUAAAGCUCUUCUAUUUCCAUUUUGCUCGUUAACCUGCUCACAAAGGACGCACAGAGAAAUGGGAAGCGCCUGUAUUGAAUAUUGGUAUCGAAUAUGGCCGAUACCGGAACAGAUAUAUCGCCGAUCUUUAGCUGUUUGGGUUAAAAUAAGUCCGCCGUGCACCGUCUGCAUGUAAAGCUUUUGAUUGUCCGAGAUAAUCCAGAAAGGGUGCGUUGGCAUGCUAGUUGUUUUUAGCUAGUUGUGAAAAGUGCUUAUAAACUCAUCACGGUGAGUAAUUAGGAUGUUCGCAAUGCAAUGCUGUUUUAAAAUGAACCGGGUUUUGUUUGUCAGGUUUUUUUUUAAGAUGGUAAAAAAAUCAGGUACAGCGCCUUUAUCAUAUUAGUAAAAAUACUGUAUCUCUUAUGGAGGAUUUCUCAGUCUUUGCAAUGAUUGUAUUUGAGUAAUUCGAAUAUAUUUGAGUUUUUGCCUUGUCUGUGGUUAAAAGCUAUUAUUAUUAUUAUUAUUAUUACUAAAGAUUUAUAUUUUUUUGUAUUUCCCGAUGGUACUUCAUGGAGCUGAUAUUGCUGCUUCCCGUCAGACACUGUGCGUAAACAUAUGAACAUGUUUGUAAUGUAAAACCUGUGUCCCCCGCAUGCUAACCUAGCUAACUUAGCCUAGCGUUGUUUACCAUUUACGAAGCCUCAAUCGUCGAACCACUUUGCAGAGCACUGAGAUUUAUUUGUUGGUUUGUACGUCUGGUUAUCAAUACUGCAGGGCUUAACCCAGGUACAAAGUUGGCAAAAAAGGGAAAUAAACUCUAGUGAAUAUGCUUUAUCGUAGUUAAAAGUACGUAUAAAUAUAUGCAAUUAGUACUAUUUUAGUUUUAGCUGCACUGUUGGUAAAGAAAGGCUUGAAAAUAACUCGCAAACUCCCCAAAAUAUGGUUAUAAAUUUGGCUAAAGUAGUGAGAGUUUUUUGUAUUUAUUUAAAGAUGCACUAUGUAACUUUCCAGCAGGGAAGAAGUCGACUACUUUUUUGUGUCCAUGGAGAUUGCGUUGCCUGUAAUGUUCCACAGUAUAGCAUUUCACUUUCUUGCAUUUCUUCAAUCACAGGUGUUUUUAUUGCUUUAAAAUACCUUAAAAAAAACGCAUUUUUACUGUGAGCGGACUCGCUUCUCCACAGACCUGACCUGGUGGCGUCAUCCGCUUGUCUCCAUGGAGAUUGGUAACGUUUGAUGUCAUGGAAGUCGUCUCCUUGGAGAUGUUAUCGCUUUGUCUGAAAAGUUCCACAGUACGCGCGUUAAACGAUUCUAGUUAUUCAGUUACGGAUGUUUUUUUAUCGCUCAACAAUCGUGCGGAAAUUUCCAAACCAAGCGAAGACGGUAAUCUCUAUGGAGACGAGCACUGGGAAAGUUACAUAGUGCGCCUUUACGUGUCCAGUUUCAGUCUAAAGCUCGUCACGUGUGCCGCAGAUUCCAGCGUCCCUGAUAUGAAACGUUCUGAGUUUCGGGUGAACCUGUGCGUCUUCUCUGAGCGCGUGUGCCCCCUGCUGACCAUUUCAAGCGUUUACCGUCACGCCUUGCACUUUACGACUACGCAAACUCAACGGGAAAAACCAUAACUGUGUCAAAGAUUGUUUUAUUUUCGUUUGAGCAAAGGAUAUAUUUAUAUGUAACAAACUAAAGUGUGGGUGUGAACUGUACCAUAGUAACAAAAUAGUACAAAAUGUUCUUGAAAUGUUCUGAAGUGUACGGCAUUGAAACUGUAUGACCUUUGCAUUGCUCCUGAUUUAAAGCUACACUGUGUAACCUUUCCAUCUGCUUCCAAAUCAGUCCACGGAGGCGUUUUCAUGCUCCACAGUAUAGCAUUAAAAGUAUCUAUAUCACAGUUAUUCAGGUGUUUUUAUUGCUAAAUCCAGAUCUGACAUGUAUCUAACAGUUGUCGGCUGUUUGUUUCCAUGGCGAUAGAUGGGUUUAAUGCCAUAUUUUGGAAUGUUUUUAACGGCAAGCGGCAUCUCCUUGGUGCCACUUGGAAGCAACCCGGAAAAGCUGCACAGCGUGACUUUAAAACACACCUAAGUAUUUAAAAUGUUGUUCUAUGAGAGACUGGGUUAGAACGAGCAGACAGGAGCGAUAUAAAGCAACUGUAUGUAACAUUUUGAGUGUAAAUUUCAUAAACUUGACCUCUCUGUGUCGCUAGAUACAAACUAAACAAGUUCUAGCUUUUACGACUCUGAUUUAUUCUUAAUUACAAAAACAUUGGACAAGACGGUCGAGUUGUUUGCUAUAAUUUGGUGUUUCGGUUCCCAAGACAAUUAUCCAAUCAGCAAGUAGAAUGAGGUUCAUUUGCGUUGCCUGGUUCAAAGCUGAAAUCCAGUUGGUUUAAACCUAAAAUGCCUCUCUCUGAUCUGAAUGUCACUACCUAAACCCCAGCACCUGCAGAACAAUCAUGAAUGGACCAAUAUGGAUUUUAUUUUUAUUUUUAUAUCUGAUAUUUGAGCUGCUGUUGUGUCCGAUAAUCGAUAUUUGCCUAUACCGAUAUUUCGCUUUGUAAAUCAAUAAGAAAGCCCCAAAAACAUGUCUUAACUUGGAGUAAAAUACACAAAUUGAUCUUUCACUAACUGUACAGUCAUUUUACUCAUUAAUCUGCUCACGUUGGACAUGAUCGCCGAGUUGUUGUUGUUGUUGUUGUUGUUGUUGUUGCAAAAGUUUGGUGUUUUAGUUCCCAAGACCAUUAUCCAAUCACCAAACAGAAUGGGGUUCAUUUGUGUUGCCAGUUUUAAAGCUGAAAUCCAGUUGGUUUAAACCUAAAAUGCCUCUCUCAUCUCAAUGGUCACUACCUAUACCCCACUUUUAAAAUCCAUCGGAAAGCACCAAAAAUAUGUCUUAACUCGGAGUAAAAAAUCCCAAAUUAACCUUUCACUAAGAUAAUUGAACGUACAGCCAUAUAAAGCUCGUCCCUUUCCAUCGUACUCGUUUAAUAUGUUCACAUUCGACAUGACGACCAAGUUGUUGUUGCUAAAAUUUGGUGUUUCAGUUUCCGAGACAAUUAUCCAAUCACCAAACAGAAUGGGGUUCAUUUGUGUUGCCAGAUUCAAUGCGGAAAUCCAGGACUCUCUGAUCUGAAUGGUCACUGCCUAAAUCACUCCCUGAGCUGCAAAGGCUGCACUAGCACUGAUUCAUGAUUGAAUUCUGGAGGUUCUGAGGUUCUUUCACAUAAGACUUGUCCAUAAACUGAGAAUGAGACAAACGUGUAUGUCUCUUUAUCUGCAGGUUUAGGAUCCGGCAACACCAAUAGACUAAAGACUAAAGUCACGUCUCUGAUUGGUUUAUUGCCUGGCUCCUCCCACUACUCCAACAUUCAAAUUUCUGCCAAAAAGACAAGAGGUCCCUAUCCCAAAUGUCUCAUAGAUUACAUUUUACAAAAUACAGUGUGUUUUUAUAUUAUUAUUAUUAUUAUUAUUGCUCUUUAUUUGAACCAGUGUUAACUUAUUCAUUUGAUCUUGAGUGCUCUUACUUGUACAUUUUAAGUUGGAAAAACUAAAAAAAUAUAUAUAUUGUUGCCUAAAAUCUCUUCUCUGGAGGAUUUGGAAUACUUUGUUUUUUAUAAGUUGUUUACUGUUGUGUUUUGAUUUUGUUUGGUAUAUUUAUAUGAAGUGCUUUAAAGACUCUUACCACAGCGAAUGCUCCGUCAGUGCAACAAAGUGUGACAAACGAUUAUGAAACACAGUGUUAAAGUGCAUACCACGGGUUUCAUGUUUUUCUAAUUCUGCCUUGGUUUGGUGGGAUAGUUUUACAUUGGUUAAGUAUCAGUUUGUGGGGAAAAAAGUUGAAAAAAAAGUACAAAAAUACAGGAAGUAGCGCCAAAUCCUAAAACAAAAUCCCUCUACUUCUGUCAUCAACGCAGAAAACUCCAUCCAAGACAUUUUUCUGACAGUUUAAACCUUCAUUUAACAAAAUAAAGAUGUUCUUAUUUAUUUUACUUGUUUUGGCCCUUGUUAACAUCAUGGUUUCUAGGUAAAAGUUACUAAAUUACCUUUAAAUAAUACGUAGAGGUUACCUAGCAACCAAAACUUGUCUAAAUUGCGCAAUAGUUAUGAUUAGAGUAAUAAAAAAAUAAAAAAAAGAUAACGGCUUUAUUUUGUUAAAUGAAGUUUUAAACUGUCAGAAAAAUGCCUUCCCUGUGUAUAAAUUGUAGUUUGGAUGGAGCUACUUCCUAUAUUUUUAUACGUUUUAGCCACAAACUGAUACUAAACUGAUGUAAAACUAUGAUAAAUAUUUAACACAGGUACUAUUCAACCAAAAAAAGUCAGAAUGCGAAAAAUAUUAAAACCUGUCAAUGAACUUUAAACUCUGGGGGUAUAUUUUUACAGUGCUGUCCCAUAUUAAACUCUGGGUUAUAUUUUUACAGUGCUGUCCCAUGUUAAACUUUGGGGUAUAUUUUUACAGUGCUGUCCCAUGUUAAACUUUGGGGUAUAUUUUUACAGUGCUGUCCCAUGUUAAACUCUGGGGGUUAUAUUUUUACAGUGCUGUCCCACGUUAAACUCUGGGGGUAUAGUUUUACAGUGCUGUCCCACAUUAAACUCUGGGUUAUAUUUUUACAGUGCUGUCCCACGUUAAACUCUGGGGUUAUAUUUUUACAGUGCUGUCCCAUGUUAAACUCUGGGGGUUUAUUUUUACAGUGCUGUCCCAUGUUAAACUCUGGGGGUUUAUUUUUACAGUGCUGGCUCCUGUUGCACGGUUGUCAUGGAGAUGGUGAAUUGUCGUAUUUCUUGUGCAUUCGUGACAGAGUUGGACUCUUUGGAGAAUAAACGAUUUAUUCAAGUGUGAAACUAAA